ACUGUAUGAGUUCACAUUAUGAUGCCAUUACACGAAGUUUGGAACUUACGAAAUUUCACUAUGAUACAGCAUUAAAGUCUCAAGGGCUUUAUCUACCUCUGAAUAAACAAGUAGUUGCAAGAGCUGUUGUAAAAAUAAUUCAAGAACACAUUCCAGAGCUUGAAAUUUUGAAUCUUGGUGAUAAUCGAUUAUUCUCUUUAGAACCUUUUUCUAAUUUGACCAAUGCAUGUAAACAACUUAAAUCCCUUAGUUUAAAGAAUAAUAAGUUGUCAUCAAUUGCCGAAUUAGAUCACUUAAAAGGGCUUGAACUGUUAGAUUUAAUUCUUGAUGGUAAUCCUCUGUGUGAUCACUUUACUGAUAAGGCUACUUAUAUCAGCACUGUUCGAGAUCGAUUCCCAAAUCUUCUCAGGCUGGAUGAACAAGAAUUGCCUACACCAAUUCGUUUUGAACUAGGGGAUGAAAAUCUCCCUCAGUCUCAGAAAAGCUUUUUUGGAGCAGAAGAUGUUAAAGAGAUGGUGAUUCAGUUUUUAGAUCAGUAUUAUACCAUUUAUGAUUCUGGUGAUCGGUCAAGGUUAUUGGAAGCUUACCAUGAUCAGGCUAAUUUUUCUUUGAGUAUGUCAAAGCACACCCAAAAGAGUUCGUCCAGCUCUUUGCGUAAAUAUUAUGAAGAAAAUAGAAAUUUUCUGAAAACUAAUAAUGCCGAUAGGUUUAAAUUACUAAAGCAAGGAAAAUUAAGUGUUGUUAGUGCAUUAUCGGAGUUGCCUCAGACAAUGCAUGACCCUACGUCAUUCAGUGUUGACAUCUAUCAUGUCUCUCCUGGACUGAUGAGUUUUUCUGUUAUAGGAGUAUUUAAGGAAGUGGGAGCCGAUAUAAACAAUGUUCCUCUGAAAACAUUUAGCAGAACUUUUGUUGUUGUUGCACAAGGUCAAGGUUUUGUUAUUACAAAUGAAACUUUAUAUAUUGCACAUGCAAGUCAAGAGCAACAAUCAAAGGCUUUUAAAAUGCCAGCACCAACACCAUCUCCUAGUCCAGCUCCUACAGAGGAAAAGAGUGUUACUGAAAAGCAAAUGUUGGUUCUUGAACUCUCGAAAAACACAAGAAUGAAUGUUGAUUUUUCAACAAAGUGUCUUGAAGAAAAUGAUUGGGAUUACCAGCGAGCAUUUGCAAUUUUUAUGAAAUUUCAAAGUGAAGGGAAAUUACCACCUGAAGCUUUCAUUAAAGUUGAACCACUUUGAAAAUCAUAUGGCAAAAAUAAUUAUUUGGAAUGAGUAGGAUACAUCUCCAGCUUGCUUCACCAAAUUUGAACAUGCUAUGUCAAGUGGCAUUUACUUUAGUGAUUGUGUAUCUGAAUUCAACUUUUUUACUCACUGCAUUUUGAAAAUGCUGCUAGGUUGGAUGAUGUGCUUAAAGAAAAUGAACUGCUUAUAUCAAUGACUGGACUGCUUGUCAAGUAGACCUAUUAAAUGUAAAUAGUCUGUGAUGAAUAUUUGAAUAUGCACAAGUCGCUCUGUUGUAGAGUUUUUGUGUUUAAGGUGUACAUACUUUAGUCAAAUUUGUUUCAAGUUUUUGCUUUUUAACGAACCACUAUGUAAGUUUGACUCUAAAAAGGUGUAAAAAAAUGUAUGAUUGCCAAGCUUUUCAAAGAGCUUAAAAUGGUCUCUUAAAACUCAUCAAUUAAUAUUUUUCAACUUUCAUUUAUUUCUCUCUCUCUUUUUCUCCAAAUGUAUUUUUAAAAAAUACUGUGUUUAUAAAAUUUUAGUGAACAUACUAAGAAGUUAAAUAAAUAGGGAUGGAAAAUUUAAGUAAAGUGGGAGGGGGGAGAAAAACAGUACCCAACUAGCACACUUAGUCAUAUAAAUGUUAUAAAAUGGUUGUUAACAUUGUGAUAACCAUUUUAAAAUGUUUAUUAAAU